AAGUGGAGAAACAGACAAUCCAAGCAGGACUACACAUGAUAACAGUUAGGUAGAGACAAUUUCUCUUGUAUAGUGGCUUCUAAACGUGAAAACCGUAUAUAAUAACAAUUGUUGAGAUGCAAAGCUUUAGUGCGUUGUUUUGGUCAAGUCGCAGCGGAUUGGAAACUUGCGAUUAAUUUAUUACUGCAGGACCAGUCCGACGAACCCGCAACUCGCUCUCGACAAUAGACUUCGUUGUGCUAUCGUGAAGAGUUAUUGGCAACCAAUCCUUAUUCAAGGAAUUUUUGGUGUUUUUUGACUCAAGGAAAAUGGCAGUGCAAGCAUCGUGUAUGGAGCUUGCAUUGGAGGGUGAAAGACUCUGCAAAGCGGGUGAUUGCCGCGCAGGAGUAAGUUUCUUCGAAGCAGCGGUUCAAGUCGGGACAGAGGAUUUGAAGACAUUAAGUGCGGUGUAUAGCCAAUUAGGGAAUGCCUACUUCUAUCUGCAAGAAUACGAGAAAGCCCUAGAAUUUCAUCGCCAUGACUUAACUUUAGCAAGGACACUUGGAGACAGAGUCGGGGAAGCUAAAGCUAGUGGGAAUCUUGGAAACACCUUAAAGGUUUUGGGAAAAUUUGACGAAGCCAUAGUUUGUUGCACUCGACAUUUAGACAUUUCACGGGAACUCGGGGAUAAGAUUGGUGAAGCCAGAGCCUUGUAUAACCUUGGAAAUGUGUAUCAUGCUAAAGGUAAACACUUUGGUCGAAAUUUCCACCAAGAUCCUGGAGAAUUUCCUGAAGAAGUGCGGUCUGCACUGGAAAGAGCUAUUGAAUUCUAUGAGGCCAAUCUUUCCAUUGUGAAAGAACUUGGUGACAGAGGUGCACAAGGGAGAGCCUGUGGCAAUCUUGGCAACACUCACUACUUGAUAGGAAACUUUGAACUGGCAAUCAUGUUUCAUGAGGAGAGGUUAGUCAUUGCAGAAGAAUUCCAUGACAAGCCAGCAGAAAGACGUGCUUGUAGUAACCUUGGAAAUGCACAUGUUUUCCUUGGGGAGUUUGAGGUUGCAGCUGAGUAUUACAAGAGAACACUGGGGAUAUCACGUGAACUGGGGGACAGGGCGAUUGAGGCACAGGCCUGUUACAGUUUAGGAAACACUUACACUUUACUCAGAGAUUACCAGGAGGCAGUGGAAUACCAUUCCAAACAUUUGGAGAUCGCUCAGGAACUGGGUGACAGAGUCGGCGAAGGUCGUGCUUGUUGGAGUUUAGGAAACGCGCACACUGCGUUGGGUAAUCACGAAACAGCUCUGGAUUACGCGCAGAGACAUUUGGAUAUCUCGAAGGAGGUUGGAGAUCGCACCGGACAAAUAACGGCGCAGAUGAACAUCUCUGACCUCCGGGCCUUACUUGGAAUUGAAGACGAUUCUCACGAUACGAACUCAAAUAGCUCAGCAUCUGGAAUUGCUGAGGGCGUGCAUCGAAGCAGCCCGGGAUCUAUUAAACAACUCUUUAACAAAAAAUUCAGCAAUUUAGAAGGAGAUAAAAGGAAACUGGAGUCAGCUGCAUCUGCUGAUGGUGUGACUAAGCCUCGUUCGUCGUCAGUGAACUCGAGGAAACCUGUGGAUCACGGUGAUGUCCAAGUUCGUGUUCGCUCCGAUGAGAAACAGAAUGAUCAUGCCCUGAACGAAGACUUCUUCGAAUUCCUGAGUCGUUGCCAGGGUAACCGAAUGGAUGAGCAGCGUUGCGAGCUCCCUAAACCAAUCGAAAAGAGCAAGAGUACGGAAGACAUGCUGGAUAUGGUGGAACGAGUACAGGGAGACAGAAUGGAAGAACAACGGAGUGAUCUUCCUUUCGAGGAUGACCCGUCUCAGAUAAGGAGACUGCCAAAGGGACGAGACAACCCUGGCGAUGAAGAUCUUUAUGAAAUGGUUCUCCGAAGUCAAUCCCACCGUAUUGAGGAUCAGCGCUCGGAGCCGCCGCCCAAUGCGCCCACAGUACCUGACGAGGACUUCUUUGGUCUGAUACUUCGCCUUCAAUCAAAUAGAAUGGACGAUCAGCGUUCGUCUGGUCCCGGAGGUCGUAAACCUCAAAUACAACCCAGGCGAUAGAGAGAAGUGAAGAAGUAGACACUGUAGCUGUAGCCUUGUAUUAUUUGAAUUAAAUGGUGCAGUUUGUAGUCGUGUUCAAACAUGUUUGGCUGGACUAGAACGUCAAAAACGCUACAAGUAUUAAGGAAUCACGAGCUUGAAGGGAUAUACUAUACGGCGAUUCGUUAUUUCCGUAGUCUAGUGAAUAAAGAUGAUAUUUUCAGCCCGUGUACUUUUGUAGCUUAGUUCUGUCAAGAAAACUUUUUAGAGGACUGUAUUUUCUAGGCUUUUCAAGCGAUUUAGUUAGUGUGAUGUGAACGUGACAAAUAAAUUGUGUGACAAUCAGAUUUGCGUGAGUAACUGAGGAAUGGACGCUCGCAGAAAGCCUGGGUUGUUGUAGAGUAGCUUAGUACGUGUCAUCUCUCUUUGGACAUUGGAUUUUAACCGCAUUUUGCCAAUACAGUUGUAAAAUAGUUGGAGGAAGUAACUGAUUUUUAGCCAGGCUAACGUAGAAAAUUUAAAUAUUUAAAACGCACACGAAAUAUAGAUACUACUUGCUUCUCAACGACGCGAAGUGUUCCCUGUAACACUUAUCGGCUGUUUUUUCACGUUACGUUUUGUAUCACACGACACACAAUAUUGUAGUGAAGGGAAAGAGAUUUGGGUGAUUUUUAUCAUUUUUAACCCCAACCGAGGUGUUUAUUUUUCAGAACUCAAAGUCGUUAUCAGAUUUGUGUAUUUUUUAGACCAAGUACAACGUAAAUUUCAAAUUCUCGUAGCACAUUCAAAAUUUGAACUCCUCUCUUAUUUUACUAAUUUAUUUAAGUCAGAUAUCUUUAAUAAAAAUGUAGAAUACACUCUAGGCGCAGUGAUUAUCGCAAAGGGGAACAUAAUUAAUUUUUAGGGAAAAAAUAUAUUUCUUGAAAAUCAGAUGGAUUUUUACACUUGUGAAAUAAGUGUGGCAAUUCGCGAUUCGUUUUAUUUUUGUAUUCACGACAUGUACAAAGCAAGGAAUAAAGAGAAUCUCAAUUCUACUUUAA